ACUUAUUGUUUAGACGGCCAGCACACAAAUUAAUGAUCUAAUUUCAAAGAGAUCAAACUUUCCAUAUAAACAAAACCAUCCUCACAAAUUCUGAUUUCAGUAAUAUCACAAGCUUGAGGUCAUAUCCGAUUGCUUAAUCCAAAUGGCCCAUCGGAUGUAGAAACAGGACUUGCUAUCCAAUCUUUGUAGCGAAGUAGCAUUUCACCAUCGGAAAACCUAUAUAUGGGCGUGAUAAAAUAAAUUCCAUUACUUGGUAUAUCGAGCAAUUUUGUCCAAGAUUCUCUGACACCAUAGUUUUUCAUUACCCAUAAAUUAAAAGUUAUCUCGUCAUUGUAAAAAACACUAAGCAUUCCUUCCACUACUGAUACGCCCACAUCAACGAAAUAUGCCUCUGGCAUUAAUGGCAUUGUCUCUGGCAAUGGUAUCUCACUAUACUUUUCAUCUGAAAUAGAUACCGACCAGUUGUGGCGUUCCAUGGGGAAUUAUUAUUGAUUCUCGUGUGGUGGGGUUCCAUAGCAAUAACAAUGAAGGUUGAUUACUCCAAAUUUAUUUAUAUAGAAUAACAAAGGCAAAACAAUGUGGGAGUGACAAGUCGAAUUACCUAAUGCUAGCGCCUGUUAAAAAAUUGGACAAACUCUCCAAUAUAGUUGGAGCUUCAAAGCCCCACACGUUCACAGAAAUUCUGAAAUCUCCUAAUGCCUUCAAACUCCCACACGCACAGGUAAUUCAAACCUCCCUCAAUUUAUGGGAUCCAGUACUCCUACACUCACAGGUAGUUCAAAUACCCACGUUUUGGCUUUUACUUCCACGUUUUGCCUUACUGGUGCUGCUCCAAAAACCUCUCCAUUAUCCCACCAUUGAUUUACCUCCCAAACGUGGGCUUCCAAUUCAAAAAACCAUUGAUAAAAACCGAACACUUUUUAUCAUUGAUUCUUCAAUUUUCGAUGGCGAAAACCGAGAAUUUGAAGUCAAAUUCUUCAAAGGAUCCCUCUGAUUCCUAUUCCCUCGAAAAGUUUCGCCUCUACGAAACACGUGCUAGGUUUUACUUAAUAGGGAGUGAUAGGAAUAAGCAAUUCUUCAGAGUGCUAAAAAUUGAUAGAAUGGAACCUUCGGAUCUUAACAUAAGUGAAGACCCAGUUGUGUAUCCGCCUCAGGAAGUGAAAAACUUACUUCAGCGCAUUGCUGAAGGGAAUAGAGCUACUGGUGGUUUGAAUUUUGUGGCUAAAGUUUAUGGCAUUGCUGAAACGGAGCUGACACCGGAGCAGCGUCUGAUGGUGGAAACAAUCCUUAAGAGUAGCAACCCUUUAGCAACGCUCAUCAAUGAUGUCUUGGAUCUUUCAAGGCUUGAGGAUGGAAGCCUUCAACUUGACAUUAGGACUUCCAAUCUUCAUGCUCUCUUCAGAGAGGUCUUUAACUUAAUCAAGCCUAUUGCAUCUGUGAAAAAGCUAUUUGUCACGCUUAGCUUGUCUUCCGAUCUGCCGGAAUUUGCUAUUGGAGAUGAAAAACGGCUGAUGCAAAUUCUUUUAAAUGUUGUUGGCAAUGCUGUAAAAUUUUCAAAAGAAGGCACUGUGUCAAUUUCUGCUGUUGCUGCAAAAUCAGAAUCUUUAAGAGAUCCUAGAGCUCCCGAAUUUUCCUUGUGCUAUGUUUAGAAGUUUAUUUUCAUGCUUGAUAUUUAAUAUUUGCACUAUAAAUGGUAGUUUCUCUAUUUAUUUUUUUGAGAUGGUGAUUUUAUUGCUACUUUUUUCCUG